CCUCACAUCCUCCUUUUCCUUCAUCACCAUCUUCAUCGUCAAUUUUCGUUCCUAUCGAUUAUUUUUCUAGCACAAUCAAACGCGACCAUCCAAAAUGAAGGGAACCAUAUCCAGAGUCCUAAAAUGCCUAAAACGUCUUAAGCGCCCAAAAUGCUCUAAGCAUCCAUCGGCUCCCGAUGUGGUUGCGAGGGAUGCAAAUUCAACCUUACGAGUCGUAUCUCCCAUUUUGAAGGCAUACCAUAAUUAUUCGGAAUUAGAGAAGCUUCCUCCGGAACUACGACGCCAUAUUCUAUCUUUUCUAGACCUGCAAAGCCUAGCUAGCUUGAUUCGCGCCUCUCCCACUAUGCUCCAACAGUACCUUGAAGACCGAAGAUACGUUCUCUGCGCAUCAUUAGACAUCACAUUAGGAAUCCUCACUCCUGAUGCGCAGGCCGUCUUGAAGUCCAAUUCAUAUACAGUCUCUUGUACGCGCGAUCAAAUCGCACAGUUCCUAGAAUCCUAUCGUCUUCAGAGCCCAUCUCAGCCCCUCUACAAGCAACUCGACGAAGCCGAGGCACUACAGAUGGCCAAAUUCCACUCCGCCAUAGUUUGCCCACUUCUUCGACAGUUCACCAACUGGGCCUUAACCAAUUUGGCCGCUAAGACGGGAUGUCCUCCUAACGACAUAAUUCUUAGCGCCGUGGAAAAAACUCGUAUUUUCCGUUCGCUCUAUCGUUUUCAGCUCUGCUGUAAUCUCUUCGGACAUGGUGCUUACGGCCGACCCUGGGAUUCUAGCCCCUAUAGGCCCGAAUGGGAACAUUUUCAGAUUCUCAGGAUGUUCCUUUGCCUAUUCGAGCCCUGGGAGAUCGAAGAGAUAGUAUGCGUCAAUUCUUUCACCGAGGACAUAUAUAAUCGAGUUCUUGACGCUAUAGAAUGGGACUUGAGUCCGGAAAACCCCAGGUUCGAUGACUGUGGACGCCCACCAACACCAGAAGGCGCGUUUGAGCUCGACGACAGCUUUGUUAGGAUGAUGCUUCUAUCAGGAACCACUUCUCGCGGUUUGGGGCUGCUACACAAGAUCAUAUUUCAGAUCAAAGAUCACGAGCAUCUCGUUUCCACAAUGCAAGAGCAAAUGAAAACGGGCGAGUUCUUCGAUGAGUCCAACCUCAGUCAGGCGUGCCAGAGGUGUAGAAGAGACGAAGAGCCAUCCGAGAGAGAUCUAAAGCAAGAACGACUUGACCCGCUUCUUUUCGUUGGAGACAUCGAAUCACAACCACCCCUAGCAUGGACACUGAUAUGGGGCGAUACGUAUAGUAAUAUCUACGGGCAUUACAUUAGCGAUGAAUUCCGUAAAUGGGCAUAUGUGAUGUGGGACAAGACGAGACUCGAGCGCGAAGGCGCGACGGAUGAAUUAUUACGAGAAUGGGAGGCACGGUGGGGUGGCCAGGAUCCGAGAGACUUCAUGCGACCGAUGAAGUGGAAAGGACAUCAGCACGAGGUAUAGCACUUAUUAAAUCGUGGAUCGAACCGCUGGUCGGAGCGAAACAAAUAAUAGUGAAUAAACCACAGCUAGCACCCACCAAUAAAUACACUCUCAAUAAAUGCGCCCCAUAAAGCGACCUCCGCUAAAUGACG